UGAACUAGAAAUUAAUUAAAAAAUAAAAAUUAUUUCUUGUUAGUUUGCAACACUGAUUGAUCAGUUGAAUACGUAAAGAUUCAUAAGUGUGAAGUUGCUGUUGAUUUUCUGUAGCCGACAAUAUUUUAAGUGAUUGACUAAACGUUUGGACCACGCGAAGUAAUUGUAUGUGUAACGAACUUUUGUCAUAUAGUUUAUUCUGAAUCGAAAAGUGAUCUCUAAAAGGUGAUUAUGAUCAAGUUAUCAGGAGAGUCAAUCGAAUGUGUGCCGAUGGUGUCGUCGAGGACAGUGCUGUGGACACUGAUGCAAAUAGUUCACAACAAUCACAGGAGGAACUAAAUAUAUUGACCCAAAAAGAGGCUGCUCUUAAACUUCAAAAUAUUCCACAAUUGACACUUGAAGAAGAUUUGGAUACCAUGGAUAUUUCAUCUCAAGCAUCUUUUCCUUUUCCGGUGAAAGAAGGGACUAAGAGAAGGAAACCUUAUUCAAUUCAAACUAAGAAAAAAAAACCAUACCUUGCACCCCCUUCCGAUUACUUCUCUUCAAGCGAUGAAGAUACGAUUCCAAGGAACUCCACAUUCGAUUCAAGAGAAUCAUCUUUGGAAAAGGCACAGAAAAGUCUUGAGCAUAUUCAUCAGGGGUUCUCUGACAGCAAACAAACAGAAGAGGUUCAAUCUGAAUUCUCUGCAAAUUUGCAAGAAGAACAAAAUGUUCAAGCACAUGGAAACACAGAUUUACUUUUAGGCAAUGAAAGUAUAAAAUAUCUUAUAGAAGAAUUUUUUAAUAUUGUAAAUGCUACAGAGAAGAAAAUAAUGGAUCGUGUAGAUGCCGUCGAGAAAAAAGUAAUGGAUGAAGUUCAAAAAAGGAUAACUCUUAUGGAACGUAGAAUUCAUUACGAUUUUAAGCAACAAAAAGAAGAAACCAUGAACGUUUUAAAAACUUUAUCAACGACACAAAAUGUCGAAGAAUUUUUACAAAACCCGUCAAUGAGUGAACUUCCCAUUAAAACUUUGGAAGAGUUUAAAAUGUUCAACAUUAAUCUUGAUGUUAAAGACGAUUUGCAAAAAAAUUUGAAAGCCCAUAUUUUACGAGAAAUUGUAAAUUGCUUAAACGUUCAUGAUGCCGUGAAAUCACUUAUGCCAACCUUAAUAAAAAAAGAGGUCCAAGUACAUUAUUCUGGAACAGGAAAAAAAUCGAAAGGGACCGGGAAACUCAGUUUCAAAGAUACACCCACUUUCUCAUGUAUUUCAGGUAUAGUUAAACAUCAUAUUAAAGAUGCGAAGGAAACUGAUAUAAGCAGCGCAAUCGGAAUUUGGUUAUCUCAAUCUGGAGAUAGGGAAGGUGGUAGAAAAAAAAGAUGUGAAGAAAAGAAAGAUGAAAAUGCAUCUACUUUAUCUAAAUCAACUGAUGAAACUCAAGACGACACUGAAAAUAUUUAAGAACUUGUUAAUUAAAAUUAAAUUUAAAUAAACAUUUUUUUGUUGA